UCAUGUUUGAAUCGUCUGGCUUGGGUUACUUGUCUUCUUCUCGUGUUUUAUUUCCAUGUAUUGCUUUUCUAGUGUAUCUUGAUGUGUUCCCUUCACUGUACGAACAUUGGCUAAUGUGUCAACAAGAUGAAUUUUUGCGUUGGAUUAAACGAGAACUAUCAUUAAACAAUGGGUUCAGAUUGCUUGGAUGCUAGGUUCUUCCUGAAUGUUGUAGUUUGGUUGAGAAAAGGAAAAAAAAGCAUUUUUGGCGUGAAAAAAAAGUGGUCUUCAUGUUGAUUUUCUUGCUUUUUUUGUCUUCUUCAUAGUCAUGCUGUUCAUUUCAAAUUCAUGAAUGUCUAGGUGCUUGCGCCAAUGUGUGUUCGGGGCUUGGAAAAUUUAUCCGGGUUUUGGUCAUUUUCUGUGUGAUUAAGUUUUCACAACCCAGCUCUUAGAUUCAGCAAUCUCCAGUAAUUUGCUUGAUGCAAAAAAUUGGCAACUGUGCAUCUCUGUAUUCUGUUAAUCAUAUGAUCUUUUCUCCUUGCGAACAUUCAAUUAGUUUCUGUUUUUUUGGCAGCAUAUCAUAAUCCUUUGACCAUGAAAGUAGAUACUGGAAUAUUUCAUUUCACGUUGGGGCUGAUAAUUGUUGUUUGAUUGUUUUCAACUGCAUAUAUGUUUUGCACAUUAUUAUCACAUGAGCUACCUGGCAUUUAUUAGGGUUUUGCCUUUUCUUUUCAUCUUGAUAUGUUGAUGAAUAUAUCUACUGGGAGCAGUCCAUUCAUUUGUGGAUUAUUGUCUUUUGUUUGUUUUCCCCUUUGCCUAUGUCUGAAUUUUGAUGUCUACGCUGCAUUCUGGAGUCUUAACUUGUUUCAGUAUUGAAUUUGUAUGAACAUUUGAGGCUUGACUUGUUUCAAGGAGUUCUCGCAAUCCUAUGAUCUUGAACCAUAUUCAUCAUAUGGAUGUACUGAAAAAUGUUCUGUUUAUUAAUAAUUUGGUCAAAAAUUAUAUUAAUAUCAAUUCAGAGAUACUAGAAAAACCUGAGUUCAGCAUUUCUGUUGUUGCUACUGUUUCUUGUUAUAGAGAGAUUUGUUUUUCUUUUUUGGCAAAUUAAUAAAAGUAUUGGUUAACCUCUGUUUUGUUUCUCAUGUUGUAGUAUUUAUUGAAAAAAAAAAAAUCAUGUUUUACCAAUGGAGAUUCCUGAUUAGUUCAAUCCUAUAUGUUCGUUCAGCUUGCUCUGCAUAUUGGCUUAGAGAUGUUUUUAUUUUCUAGGUUCAAAUGUUACUUCUAUGACAAAUAGAUUCAAGCAAAUGGAUAAUAUCAUGGAACAAAAUAUAGUUGGAUCAGCAGAGCAGUUCCUUUCUCCAUGUUCUUCAAAUGCAGUCACUGUUUUUGGAGAUCCAGUGGCAAGCCCUCGAGUGGGAGAUCAGUAUCAGGCAGAAAUUCCACCUGGGAUGAUGGACAGUUGUCGGCAACUUGUGAAGAAACUAACUGAUACAAAAGUUGUGGCAGACGAAACAAACCAUUUUGCACUGGGAUUACCAGUUCCAAUUAUGUGGGCACAUAGUGAAGUUGAAUCUAUCAAAAAGGAAUCUCAGAAUGUUGACAAUGCUAACCACUGUGGUGCAGCCGAUACAAAUUGGAUAGUGGACAUUGAAUCCAAUGAAAACAGGCAGGCUACUUCAAAAAAUAAAGUUUCAGAAGUUAAACCUUCGCACACUUCAUUGGUAAAUGGAGGAGUAGGAUUGGCAACUCUUCUUUCCAUGAUUAGAGAUGAUGGGAUGGAUGUUGACUUGGAGAUACCAAAAGAAAAGAAAGCUAGGUUGGAUCAAGCAGACAAUGAUUGUAGUCCUCUUCCUGGUUCACCGUUGGAACCUUGGACAGCCAUUGAACAUGAUAGUUUCCUCCUUGGUCUAUAUACUUUUGGGAAGAAUCUCAGUGUUGUGAAAAGAUUUGUUAAGAGUAAAGAGAUGGGCAAUAUACUGUGGUACUAUUAUGGAAAAUUUUAUAGGUCCAAUGAACACCGCAGAUGGUCAGAGUGCAGGAAGAUGAGAGGCAAACUGUCGAUACAAGGACAGAAAAUUUUUUCAGGUUGGAGGCAGCAAGAACUAUUAUCACGUCUAUUUCCCCACGUGUCAGAAAAAUGCCAAAAUAUGUUGCUGGAGGUCUCUAGGGCAUUUGGAGGGGGAAGAAUUCCUCUGAUUGAGUAUGUUUUUACUUUGAAGGAUACGGUUGGAAUCAAUGCUCUUGUGGAAGCAGUAGGUAUUGGCAAAGGGGAGCAAGAUCUCACGGGAACUGCUAUGGACCCUGUAAAGGCCAACAAUUCAUGGUCUAUUCAUCCUGAAAUCCCAACUGGAAAAGCAUGUUCCUCUUUGACAUCAGGAGACAUCAUUAAGUUUUUGACAGGAGAUUUCCGGCUAAGCAAAGCCCGAUCAAAUGAACUGUUCUGGGAAGCCGUAUGGCCACGCCUUUUGGCAAAAGGGUGGCACUCUGAGUUGCCUAAAGAUCAUGGUCUCAUCAGUUCAAAGCAAUCCCUAAUGUUUCUUGUACCUGGUGUUAAGAACUUCUCAAGAAGGAAGCUUGUCAAAGGAAACCAUUAUUUUGAUUCUGUUAGCGAUAUCCUGAAUAAAGUCACAUCAGACCCUGGACUACUUGAGGUUGAAAGCGAAGCAUCCACAGCCAACUGGCAAAAGGAAGAAUACACAUCUGAUUUCCCUGUAAAGCAAUGCUGCGAGAGUUUAUUGAAUUGUCAGUGUCAUCAUUACCUCCAGCCACCUGUUACAAAUUGCAAAGGAGAGAUGAUAAAAUUUACAGUGGUGGAUACUAGUUUGAUUCGUGGAGGAGAACAGUCCAAAGUCAGAGAGCUGAGAACAUUACCUGUUGCCACUAGUAAACUGUCUAUUCCCUCUGAUCUUUCCAGUGAAAUCGAACAUGUUUCCUCUGAAGAAUCUCCAGGUGAAGCAAUGGAAAUUAAUGCUGUAAGUACUGCAGAAGAUACAAAUGAGAGUGGAGUAUUUCCCAACUCACCAGAAUUAACCAGAAUUGAAAACAACGGUUUACCAAAUGGUCCAGAUCUGACCAUUCUACCCGGGAAAAAUCAUGAGGAUUGCAGCAACGGUACGCCUAGUGACAGGCAGUUGAAGGAGACAACUGACCAGUCAACGUGUCUAGCCCCCAGUAUGAAACAACAGCUGUUUGCAGCUUGUAGUCCUGGAGAAUCGAGCCCCAUUGUUGACAACAUCUCCACAGAGGCCAAACCAAAUGAAGCGGAGUCUCCUUGUUGUCUGGAGUGUACUAGUUUACCAAUGCAUGAAAAGAUCCGAUCUGAAGUAGAUCCAUCUCAGAAUUUAGCAUCAAGCAGUUCUUUGGCUCAGGACAGCCCACAAGAGAGUGAUCAAGCAAUGUUUUACAAGGACUUCUCGGCUACAGAGCCAUUGGCUAGGAAGCCUGAAACUCAGAAUUUGAUUGACCUGAACCCUUCAGAUGUCCCUCAAGAUUCUGGAACCGAUGAAACCGUCAUGACAUUGAGAGACUUGCAGAACCGUAAUGGUUCAGCCAUAUCGACCAGGUCUGAAAUAACCCAGCAGUCCUCUAAUGGCGGUGCCAGCACAGCCCAGCAACCAGUGCUAGGUGGUCGAAGACAGAGUACAAGAGCCCGGCCCUUGACAGCAAAAGCACUGGAGGCUAUUGCAUGCGGGUUCCUUGGCACAAGGCGAAAGAGGAAGUGCCCGGAUGCAUGAAGAAACGCGAUGUCAAGGCCCCCUUGACUUGGUAAUUGGAGUAUCUGGUGGUGGAUUGUGAAAGUUUACUGGAAGAGAGAAAAGAUGAACAACAGAUUUUCAUUUUUUGGUGAUCUAAAGUGUAUACAGAAAACAAUAUUUAUAUACAAAUUCUCCAUAAAUUCCUCCUAUACAUAAGUUAUUUUAAAAUAAAAAACAAUAUCACAAUCCGA